AUGGAUUCUGAAGCAGCUCGUUUUUACAACAAACUACUCUUGGAUAAAUUUGCUAACAAUCUCGAUUUUGUUCCUCUACCAGGUGACUAUCAUGGAAUGGACUAUGGAAUGUAUUUCGAACUGUUUUCCAACGAAACGGCACGACCCAAAGCUUAUAUCAUCAAUUUAGCGAAAGAUCCGAAAUGGAUUGAACAUCCUGAGCAAGGCCUUUCUCAAUUUGAUCCGAGCAUCUACCAAUUUGCAUUUGAACAUUAUACUGGUUUGGCAUCGGUAUCGAUGGAUAAAUUUCCCAAAAUUAAACAAUGGGCACAAAAACAUUUAGAUUACCUUAUGGAGGAAGUCAAUCUGACGUGUAAUCGCCUAUUAACCGAUCCGAAAGAUAAGGAAAAGUCAACCUGCGAAAAAAUGAUUAUUAUUGGCAAACAUCCAAGUCAACAAUGGUCUUCAAAAAAAGAAAUGAUCGAGGCACACGAAACAAUCUUAGCUAAAUAUCGUCAAAUUUUCAUUGAUAAAUAUGGUUUCAAAGAAUUUAAUCCACCAGGUAUUGUUGUUCUUGACAGUCCGAUGUUGACCGGUGGCUAUUACUAUAAAGAUAAAUUCUAUUUGAAUGUUUGA